AUGGAGUUUUUGAAAAUCACAGAAGCCCAGAUUAUUAGUGUUGCCGUUGCUGUUGUUGCUGUUGGUGUCGCUGCUUUUUACUUGUACUCCUCCAAGAAAUCUAAAGUCUGCUUAGAUUCCGAGAAAUGGAAGAAUUUCAAGCUCGUGAACCGUACUCAGCUUAGCCAUAAUGUGGCAAAGUUCAGAUUUGAGCUUCCAACGCCCACCUCCGUAUUGGGGCUUCCCAUUGGACAACACAUAAGCUGCAAGGGCACGGAUAGUCAAGGUGAAGAGGUCACUAAGCCAUAUACUCCAACAACCUUGGAUUCUGAUGUUGGGUAUUUUGAACUAGUUAUAAAGAUGUAUCCUCAAGGACGGAUGUCUCACCAUUUCAGGGAAAUGCGUGUCGGAGAUUAUAUGGCUGUUAAAGGACCUAAGGGUCGUUUCAGGUAUCAACCUGGACAAGUUAGAGCUUUCGGAAUGCUUGCUGGAGGCUCUGGCAUUACACCAAUGUUUCAGGUUGCUAGAGCUGUUUUAGAGAACCCAAAUGACAAAACAGAAGUGUACCUCAUUUAUGCUAAUGUUACAUACGAGGACAUCCUAUUGAAGGAAGAGUUAGAUAGUUUGGCUGCUGACUAUCCUACUUGGUUCAAAGUCUACUAUGUAUUGAACCAGCCUCCUGAACCUUGGAAUGGUGGUGUUGGCUUUGUAUCUAAGGAAAUGAUUCAAGAGCAUUGUCCUACUCCGGCAUCAGACAUUAAGUUUUUGCGUGUGCUGCCGCUCCCGCUGCCGUUCUGUUCCCAUAGCUUUUGCCAGUGCUGCUGUGACUACUGUGAAAAUGUCAAGGCAAAGUGUUAUAAUCAACCAAGUGAAACCACAAGUUGGUGGAAGAAGGUCAAGGUGGACUGGCUCAUUCAAGUGGUUGAAAGGUCUAAAAUUCAACAAACUCGCUCCGGAAAGACAAAUGAGAUAAGAAGAUAUGUAUUCACUGAUGAGGAAGGGACAAAGGUUGGUGCUGCCAUUUUUGACAACGAUAUCCGCUACUUUGAUGAUCUUCUUAUACCGUGUAACCGAUAUUGGAUCUCAAAUGCCUUUGUCAACCGAGUUGAUGAGAACUAUAAAAUCAGUGCUUACUCGUAUUCAUGGUUUAUAAACAACAGCACCUUGGUUGAGCCACAUGAUGAACCAAUACCGCCUUCUUUGCCAUUCAACAUAGACACAGCGACCAUGUUAGACAUACAAAAAUAUGCUGAUUUUGAUACUUCUAUUACUUUUGAAGUAUUGGUUAUUCAAGUGUUACCCCAAAAAACUCAAGAAAAAAACAACACCACUUCAAGAGACAUUGUUGCAAUCAAUCAAGAAAAGUGCUCCAUGAUAAUAACGUUGUGGAAUGAUUUCCAUCUUGAUGAGGGUCAAACAAUUGCACAGAUGGUUAACAUAACUCCUACUCUCCUAUGCUUCAAACUACGAGCCUCAACAUUCAAUGUGCUUUCCUUGACUACGAGGCCGUCAUCAGCAUUGUUCUAUACAGCAUGGGUAAAAGUCAAAACAACCUUAGCUCCUUCUCAAUCCGCUUUCUGGUUUGCCACAUGCAAUAACUGCCAAAAGUCAAUCAAUGACGAUGUUGGUCGAAACAUUAAAUGCAUAUCGUGCAACCAAAAUGUUAAGUUGGAGGCCAGAACUAGAAUUCUGCUAGAAUUGACAGACUCAACAGGCACGAUCACGGCAUCUGUCCUUGCAACAGAAGCUGAAAAACUCAUUGGCGUUAAUGCUGAGGCUUUGAGAACUGCAGAAGAUCAGGAUGUUGACCUCAGUGCAACUAUUCAAAAUGCUCUAAAGCAACACACCAUUGUUACAUUCCUCAGAAAAUACGAUAGUACAUUCCAGGGACGUGCCUCAGAAAAAUAUAGUAUUGUAAAAUCAUACUUAAUCCAAGAUCUUUUCAUGAAUGAAACACUCCAAAGGAAAGCAUUGCCAUUUGAAGAGAUAACCUCAGAAGGACAUACAGAAAUGACAGUGCCAAAACCUACAGCAAAACGGAGUAUCGACUCAGCAAGCCCAAUGGAGGAUAUCAAUCCUAGCCCCCAGAAGAAGCUUGAAAAGCUCGACUAA